AUGCCUACCCGACUGACCAAGACUCGCAAGCACCGCGGCCAUGUCUCCGCUGGUCACGGACGUGUCGGAAAGCACAGGAAGCAUCCCGGUGGUCGUGGUAUGGCCGGUGGUCAACACCACCACCGCACCAACAUUGACAAGUACCAUCCCGGUUACUUCGGAAAGGUCGGUAUGCGUUACUUCCACAAGAUGCAGAACCUUUUCUGGAAGCCCGUAAUCAACCUGGACAAGCUCUGGUCGCUCAUCCCCGCCGACAAGCGUGACGAGUACCUCGCCAACAAGGGAGGAAACGCUCCCGUCCUCAACCUCCUCGACUACGGUUACUCCAAGGUUCUCGGCAAGGGCCGUCUCCCUGCCGUCCCCAUUGUCGUCCGCGCCCGUUACGUCAGCGCCGAGGCUGAGAAGAAGAUCAAGGAGGCUGGUGGUGUCGUCCAGCUCGUCGCAUAA